AUGCCAUCCUCUAUCAUUGAUGUCCUACUACUCUUUUCAGUUAUUCUCUGCUACCUUCGUUACGCAAGAUGUAAGCUGAGAGGAAAAAUACCUGUGGAAUGUCAACCACCUCCAAAAUUACCCUCUAUCGACCCCUUCUUUGGCUUAGAUCUACUUAAGGAAUCUCUUAAGAUAAGCAAGCAGCACAAGAUUUUAGAGACUCAUGCAAAGCAGCAUGAUGUCUACGGCAAGACCUUUCAGGCUUCACGUCUUGGGCGAACCACCAUUUAUACUGUGCAUCCAGACAAUUUGAAAGCCGUAUAUGGAACAAAUUGGAAAGAAUGGGGUACAGGCAGAGCUGAUGCAAUGGAACCCUUUUGUGGGAGAGGUUUUGUUACUAGGGAUGGCGAAGAAUGGCGAAGUCAUCGAGCUUUAUUUGCUUCAACUUUGACCGAGGCUAAUACAGUUAAUCUGGAACUCCUUAGUGAGACUUACGAACAGUACAUACAACACUUGCUAUCGGAUGGGGAGGCUGUAGAUUUGGCUCCAAUUUUCAACGAACUGUUCUUGGAUCUAUCACUACAAUUCUUGUUUGGCAAGCGUCUUGCAACAUUAUACUCAGGAGAUUUUCCGGUGGAUAUGCAUACUUUUGAAGAUGCAUUCAAUACUGCACAGGGCUGGAUGGGCAUACGAUUAGCGUUUGGAAAGUUUGGAUGCGGCAUCUCUCUACUAAGUAGGAAGUGGAAAGAAUCGUGCAAGGUAGUGCAUUCAUUUGUGGAUCAUCAUAUUACCGAGGCGCUGGAGAAAUCAAACGUCUCAAAGUCACAGGAAUCUGCUACAAGUCUCCUCGAGAACUUAGUACUGCGUGGAAAAAGCGAGGGCGAGAUUCGAUCGCAAAUCAUCCAAGGUAUGUUAGUCACACAAGACACGACGGGAAUAGUCUUAAGCAAUACUAUUUUCUUGUUGUCUCGGCAUCCAGAAGUAUGGGCGCGUCUUCGAGAGAAAGUUGCAAGUCUUGGGCCAUUUGAGGGUUGGACUGCAGCCGAUUUGAAGAAUCUAAAACUUCUUCAUAAUAGUAUUAAAGAAUCUCUACGCAUAUACCCUCUGCUCCAUGCAAACGGUCGUAUAGCUGUUACCAAUACCACACUUCCAACCGGCGGAGGCCCCGAUGGUAUAGCACCGAUAUUUAUUCCAGCUGGCGAAAGAGUCAGCACAAACUUUUACAGACUGCACCGAGAAAAAUCUGUGUUCGGUGAGGAUAUCGAGUUAUUCAAUCCUGACCGAUGGAAUGAUAUCUCUCCGAAUAACUGGGAAUUUAUGCCAUUUAGCCACGGUCCACGUAGCUGCGCUGGUCGACACAAAGCGCUAGGGGAGGCCUCAUACAUUAUUGCUAGGAUGGCACUUCAAUUUGAGUGGAUAGAAAGUCGUGAUGAUAGGCCAUGGACUGAAGACGUGAAAUUGGUAGCGAAGAAUGGUAAUGGCUGUCAGGUUGCGUUGUAUACGGCAAAAUGA